UUUUUGUUUAUUUUUAUCAUCUUGGAGCUUUCCCUUAUCUUGUGCCGUUGUUGGUGCUAAUUUAUGCAUUUAGCAAGUCAUUUAUUUAAUUGUCAGUUCUAAUUAAUCAUACUACCUAUAAUCUUCUUCUAUAAAUUUAAAAUACUAACCUCGAAAAUGAAUAUUUUCGAGCUUGUUGGCCUUGCGGCAAUUCUUUAUUUCUUAACCAAUCUCAUUUUAUGGUUUGUGCUGGAUGCUGACAUCCAACUUUCCUUCAAGGAGCGUUUCGGCAAACCCAUCUCAUCACUUCGUGGCCAAGUCGUAUGGAUAACUGGGGCUUCUAGUGGCAUUGGCAAAUACCUGGCAAUCGUUUUAGCGAAGAAUGGAGUCAAAUUAGUGCUGUCUGCCCGAAGAGAACAAGAGCUCAAAAAUGUGCAACAAGAGUGUUUGAAGGCAUCCGGAGGUAGUCUCAACGAAAAGGAUGUUCUUGUCUUGCCCAUGGAUAUGGUGGACCUUAAUUCCCAUGAGAAAUGCCUAAAAUCUGUUUUGGAUCAUUUCGGAACAAUUGAUAUUCUAGUUAAUAACGCCGGCAGGUCCCAGCGUGCAGGUUGGUCGACCAUUGACAUCGAAGUUGAUAGGGAAAUGUUCGAACUGAACGUUUUUUCUGUGAUCAAUUUGUCACGCAAAGUACUGAAGUACUUCAUGGAAAAGAAGAACAGUAAAGGUCAUUUGGCAGUGACAUCGAGUGGAGCUGGAAUCACAGCUGUACCAUAUUCGGGAAGUUAUUUGGGGGCUAAACACGCAUUGCAUGGUUAUUUCAAAGGACUUUUGGUGGAAGAGCCAUCAAUCGAUGUCACACUUUUCUGUCCCGGACCCAUCGCAACUGAUUUCCUCCAAGAAGCAUUCACUGGCAAGCUGAAUGAAAAAGUGGGCCAGAGUACUGCUAAUGACCGGCAAAGGAUGACAGCUGAACGCUGUGCUGAGCUAUUUGCUGUUGCUUUGUCCAACAAAUUGUCAUUUUCCUGGGUUGGACUGUUUCCAGUGAAUAUAUUGCUUUAUCUGUCGCAAUACUAUCCCAACGUUACUACAUUGAUUUACAAAGCUUUAGGACCAGCUAGAUUGAAGAAGAUCCGUGAAGGAAAGUAAAAGUGAAGAAUUGUUUAAUUUCACACGUGCAACGUAAAGAUAAUACUUUUUAUAAAAUAGUCAUGUAAAUAUAUAAAUUUUGAUGAAUUUGCAUCUCGAACUUAUAAAGUACAGCGAAUUAAUUUUUCUACAUUUUUUUAAAGAGAUUAAAUAAUUAUGAACUGUUUAUAUUUUGAAAACUACAAUAAAGAUUUUUAUGAAUAACAAUAA